GUUGAAUUCCAAUUCAAUUCAAUUCAAUCCAUCCAAUCCAUCCAAUCCAUUGUACACGGAUCAUCUGAUUAAGCUAUUUUAUCUGGUAUUUUAUCUUGAUUCAUCUCGAUUUAUCUUUCAUUGGUUAAUUAGUCCAAAUUCGUUGCUAUCCCAACCGACCCUCGGAUUUGUUGAUUUUGGCGCCUGAGAUAACAUCAGCUUUCAGGACGCGCGCUGGACUAUCUAAACCUUCAAUUCCUCUCUUCGCUCCCCUCAUCCUUCAUUUAUCUCUCCACACCUCCCCACAAAUUCAUAUCCAGAUUCCAAAAAAAAAAGAUUCACAUUCUGCAAAAGAAACAAUCAUUACAUUACAUACAUUUUAAAACUACCAAAGUAGAUCACUCUUCCUCGACCGGAGAAGACUCUCGUUAGACACACCUAUUAGCUAAUUGCUCCUCCAUUGACUUCAAAGGGCUGAGGAAGUCCUAUAUCUAUUAUAUAAAAAAAGACUCAAAAAAGAGUCGAUUACUGCUGAACAAUCCUGAGAUCAACAUUUGCCCGGCCUAACGGCUUGCGCUGCGUGAGUCUCGGAACAUAUAGGUUUGCUUAAUUGCAAUACUUUCAAUCGACAUCAUUUCCGAACUCUUCUAGCAUUCAUAAUGCUGUCUAAUCCAUCCAACAACCUUCAAAAUCGACAUCGACAACAUCGACGACAAAAUUCGACUCCAACCGCAUUCGAUGCAGUGAAGGCAAACAACCUGCCACCGGUCCAAAGACAUGCCCACCGACGUGGGAUGAGUCUGGAUACACGACCACGUCCAAUUCAACAGCAGGGUCAAUCGGUAAGUAAUACUAACAUAGGAUAUCAAUCGACACAACAGCAUAUUUUGCGAGAGACGCAGCAGCAGAGACUGGUUCGCCCGGGCCAGCAGCCAUUUCCUAUUUACGACAAUGACGAGAAUCAUUUUGUUUCACCACUCGUCACCCCACACAGACAAUCGUUCGACGCCGGAUGUUCAAAUCCAUAUGAAGUGCAAGGUCAUCAACAUUCAUAUUCAUAUUCCGGCCCAAUGAACCCAAUCAUACCAGUCGAUCCAAACUUCAAUGGGAACAAUGAGUUCGACUUCUUCACGACAAACACGGCAAUGACACCAACAUUCAUGGAAUUCUUUCAGGAUUCCGAGGUACAGAGUGUCCAUUCACAACCGAGUUCUGCAAACCACAGCAGAAGAUCAUCGAGAAGUAUUACUGGUGUAAUCUUGGAUAGGGUUGCUCAAUUCGAGAAUCUAGCUUUGAAAUCACCAUCAAGACCAAUUACACCUCCGGAUGCAAACUCUACCAAUUACUUCCCCCCAGCUCCCCUAGAGAGUCCAUACGACCGAACCAUCAAGCUAGAACACAUCCCACAAAGAUUUCGUGAUGAUUACGACACAUCUAUGGAGGAAACGAUCAAACCUAAAAGUAAUCAGAGAACCAAGAAUGUUUUUGACGACAUGAGACGAGAAGCUGAGAUGAAAGCCGAACCUGCCCCACUAGGAUCAGGACCCAUGCCCAGUGCCAGCACAUUUGACUCCGCACCGAUGCCAACAUCGAAUUUCAUGAAUAUGUCAACUAUUAACCUCGAUUUUAUGAAAAAUGAUCCACAAUUUCAAGCGGCACAAUACUCACCGACUUCUUCUAAUGUUUCACAAGAUCUAUCAUAUCCCUCAUCUCCAGAACAAUCUCGAAGAAAUGUUUUCCGAGAUCCUUUCACAAACAGACCUAUCUUGGAAGCGCCAGACAUAUCGCCUUACCCUAUGUCUAAUUACUCUCACGGUCUUCCUGCUUCGGAGCCAGCUUGUAGUUCCCCUGCUCAAUCCUAUCGACGAUCCGAGUCAGUCUCGAGUAUCAACCUCGAAGAGUCAAUCACCGAUACGGGAAUUACCAUUGAUGAUAUCGCUACCUACAUUCAAGCACCGGAACCUGGCGAUACAAAGUGGCUCUGCUUGUAUCCAGAAUGUGGUAAGCGAUUUGGUCGAAAGGAAAAUAUCAAGUCACAUGUUCAGACCCAUCUUGGGGAUAGACAAUUUCAAUGUCCACAUUGCCACAAAUGUUUUGUGCGCCAACAUGAUCUCAAACGACACGCAAAGAUUCACACUGGUGUAAAACCUUAUCCAUGUCAAUGUGGAAAUAGUUUUGCUAGACAUGAUGCUUUGACUCGCCACAGACAACGCGGGAUGUGUAUUGGUGCUUUCGAAGGUGUGGUAAAGAAGACAGUAAAGAGAGGUAGACCAAGGAAGAAUCGGCCUGACGAUGAAGAACGUGUUGAAAAGGCAUCACGCACUCGAAGCAAAAACAAGACGAGUCCUUCAGACACAUCGUCAUCAGAAUACUCGGAAAGUGCCUGCGCCCAAUCACCUCGUAGCGAUCUAGAUAUCCUUGAUGAUAGGCCGUUUGGAGACUAUGGCUUCUCUCAAAGCUCUCUCGCCACACACGAUAGCUAUCAAUUCUCUAGAGAAAGGUCCUCUUCGGUAGCCGCAUCAAUAUCUUCAAUUUCCUCAAUGACAUCAAUUGCCGAAUGCGUAGAACCAAAUUCAAUACAAUCAACGCAUGCGCCAAAUGGAUUUCGGACUCGACUCAACUUUCCUGAACAUCUUCGAUCAAACUCUAGAUCACCCACCAAAUCUGCAAAUAGCAAUUAUUCACCGCCUGCUUUAUGCCAGUCAUCUUCCUCGCCCACGGCUAGCGCCAAUCAAUAUGACCUAGAUGCCGUUUCAAAUAGUGGCGAACUCAGUAAUCUGCCAAAUAUUACAGAGCAAGAUGAUAUGUUCUUGGAGGCUUUUGCUGUCACAGGAAGUACCAGCAUUACCCAACUCGAACGUGAUCCAGAUCUUUUGAUAGGAAAAUUCGAUAGUAUGUUUGGCGUAGCAGCUGAUAAUUCUGGCAUGUUCAGGAAUGAAGAGGAUGUCUUCUUUGGCAGCCCGUGAGAGAAUAUUGGGAUAUUUCUUCCAACUUCUUUGGAUUGAAACUGUACACUAGAGGGCGUGGAAUUUUAGGAUCGGACAAAAUAGGAUGGUUUGGAUGGGUGUAGGAUUUAGGAAAUCUUUGGGUUGGAUGGGGGUUGUUCAUCUACCCAUUCUUUUUAGGCGUUGUUUAUAUGUGUGUGUUUUUUGCAUUUAGUUUUGAUUUAUUGAUUUUAUUUGAUUAUGAGAAUAAGAAAUGAGAAUGGACGGGGAUAGGGUGAUGAGGUGAUGAGAUGGUCUGGGGGUAAGGAUGCACAGGACAGUGCUAAGUAAUAACAAUUGCACGCGGAAUAUUUAUUGUUAACGUCUUUUUCAUGGCGUCUUUUUUUGAAUUUGUAGAUGUGAAUGGGUGUUGUGAUGAUGAAUUUGUUGGUUUGUCACGUUGUAUUGUAUGUCUGGGGAAAAGUUGUGGUUUGAUUGUUCUUUGAUGUAUUAUUCUUUGAUAUAUUGUUAUUUGAUAUAUUGUUAUUUGAUAUAUUGUUAUUUGAUAUAUUGUUAUUUGAUAUAUUAUUUAAUAU